AUCUGAAAAACAGCUUCACUUCUCUCACUAAACUUAAUCAACCGUCUAGUAAAGGUUUUAACUUAUUAAGAUUUCAUCUCAAUGGAAAAAAUUGAGAGACAAAGCGAUGAAGCAUCUUAUCUAUGGCUUCCUUUUCAGUUCCUGGACCAAACUCUUAAAGCUAUCUUAAGGUGUCUUGGUCUACUUCAUCAUGAUCCACCUACGAUGACAAAAACGUCGUCUGAUUCGGUACCCUUAAACCAGCCGGAUGAAGAAGUAGAAGAGGAAGAAGUUGUUGCCAUGGAAGACGACGUCGUUGUGACGACUAGGGGCGGUAAAAACGGCUUCAUUGUAACGAGUAGAGGCACAAAGGUGAAAGCAAAGAAAAAGGAUAGGGAAAGAGUUAGCUCAGGACAACCGGGGAAACAUCACUAACAGUUACAUGACACUAUUAUAUGGUUCAGUUAUUUACACCCAGUUAUGACUUUGUUUUAAUAAGUGUUUAAUGAUGGUAGUAUAGUGUUGUUAUUUGUACGGAUACAAAACGGUCAAGCUAGUUCAUUAAUCUGAAAACAACAUUACAACUUCAUUAUUAUUCCAGCGUAAAUUUCCAACAACUACUAUCGUACGCAACUGUCAUUAAUCAAUGUCAAACAAUGAGUCAACAGGUCGUCCUACCUCUCAUUAGCUAUAUGUCGGUAAGCCUAUUCGUGUAAAUCAACUAAUUUCAUUUCAUAUGGAUUAAGAA